GAACGACCCAGCACUAGCAUGACGUUCCAUCAUGGCGCCGUCGUUGGACAGGCAAGGGUUCUGGGGGCGGCCCACUUCGACGCUGGACUGGUGCGAAGAGAACUAUGUUGUGUCAUUCUACAUCGCCGAAUUCUGGAACACGGUCAGCAACCUGAUUAUGAUUCUUCCUCCCAUUUGUGGGGCCAUCCAGACGUUUCAUAAUGGCCUUGAGUUUCGGUACAUCUGCUCUUUCCUUGGACUAGCGGCUGUAGGUGUCGGUUCAUGGUGCUUCCACAUGACACUUUUAUAUGAAAUGCAGCUCCUGGACGAGCUGCCAAUGAUUUACAGCACAUGUGUCUUUGUCUACUGCCUAUACGAGUGCUUCAAACAAGAGAACAGCGUCGGUUUGUUUCCUGUAGCAUUAUUAUUCAUCUUCAGCGCCACGGUCACUGUGGUCUACUUGCAGUGGAAGGAACCAGUGUUUCACCAGGUUAUGUAUGGUGCUUUAGUAGCUUGUCUCGUGAUGCGAUCUGUCUUUAUUGUUACAUGGGUGUACCCGUGGUUGCGGCCUUUGUGCUACACCUCCCUGGGUGUAUUCAUGUUUGGGUUUCUUCUGUGGAACAUUGACAACAUUUUUUGCGGCUCAUUAAGAGCCAGCAGACAAACACUGCCCCCUGGUGUCGGAGUGCUAACACAGUUCCAUGCCUGGUGGCACAUCUUCACAGGCUUGGGCUCCUACCUGCACAUACUUCUCAGUUUGCAAAUCAGAUCAACUUACCUCAAGUACAGACCAAAAGUAAAGUUUUUAUGUGGCGUUUGGCCCACUCUGCACAUUGAGCCACAAAAGACAAGCUGAAAUGAAGGACGCCUGAAGGACGGUGACCCAUCAUCAGCUUGAUGCCCAGCCAAUGUCCCUCUUCUACAGCUAGGGGGCAGUGUGCACCCCACAGAACCACAUACUGUGGACAUUCUAGCACUGACACCACUUUUAUUGGAAAUAUAACUUUUUUUUUUUUUUAAACCCAUAACCAUUUCAAAGGAUAGGUUCACAUGUUUUUUUGUGCAUCUGAUUUGUUUUCACGUCAGUGUGAAUAGCACAAUUCUGAUUUUUUUCGGGCCUCGUUCGUAUGUAGACAUAAAUCCGAUAUGUAUUCGAUCUACUGCAGUCUGAACGGUCAGGUCGCAUAUAUCCAAUCGAAGGUGUGGUUUACCACCCGAGACUCUGAUAAAGGCACUGACCGAAGGAGGCAAAAGUUCCUUUUGUCGUCCGAAAAUUAUUUUUUAAAAAAGCUAAGUCCCACCACGCACACGCUUCUCGGAACAGACGUCGCAGCAACGCCUUUCUUCUUAAUCUCCUACGCUUAAUCAUUUGCUGAAGAAAAUAUUGACUCCCGUUGCACAAAAUCCUUGAAAUGACCACAAACGUGGUAAGGAGAGCACACACUGCAGCAAUCUUUACCUUCGUAAACACGCAGAAAUGCGUGUGACGUCGUGCUUUAGCGCAUGCACGUCACCUCACAUUAACAAGUCACUUUUUUUUUUUUUUUUGUAACGUGAACGACCACAUAAAACAUCGGAAUGGGGCAACGUACCCUGCAGUGUGAACGUAGCUUAGAUUAGCUUUAUCCAUCCAUUUUAUAUGCCGCUUCUUCCUCAUUAGGGUCGCGGGGGCAUGCUGGAGCCUAUCCCAGCUGACUUCGGGCGACAGGCGGGGUACACCCUGGACUGGUCGCCAGCCAAUCGCAGGGCACAUAUAGACAAACAACCAUUCACACUCACAUUCAUACCUAUGGACAAUUUUGAGUCGCCAAUUAACCUCACUUGCAUGUUUUUGGAAUGUGGGAGGAAGCCGGAGUACCCGGAGAAAACCCACGCGCACACAGAGAGAACAUGCAAACUCCACACAGAAAUUAGCUUUAUGAAAUGUUAAUUUCUUCAUUCAUGCCUGCAACAGAAAUUCUUAAUCCAGCAGUGAAUUUGCGUUAGUAUUCCAAUGUAAAUGUUAGGGGUGUCCCGGUACAACUUUUUCAGUUCAGAUCCGAUUCCGAUAUUGCAGCCUUGAAUACUGGCCAAUAUCACACCCUCAUACGUAAUUUUAUUACUUGUUUGGUAGCGUAAAAUGUUAGAAAAGGCUUGAUCUAGUGACAUUACUUAAACUGAGAAUAGGUAUGAGAAAAACUGACUCAUUUAAAUCUUGAUGUAGUUGUAUCGACUAUAGGCAUAAUGUAGCGAUGUUGGAAGCCUUUAAACCCGACAUUACUCACCACCGAUCUUCCAGCCAAUGGCGUUUUGUUGUCAGUGGCGGAUGUUUCGGGAAGCUGUGGUGUUGCGAAAAUCCUUCUUGAAAUGUGUGAUGAGGUUGGUCUUUGUAACUUCCCCGUUUCUGUGCCACCGUGGGAAACCUGUGCACGACCAAGUUUUGCACUCGGGGUUUUAACGAAAAACACAGCCACACUGCCAACAUCACUCCUGCUAAACACGCUCGCACAUGCUAACGUUGACAUCACGUGGGUUCUGUGUGCUGAAUAGAAGGGCUGCUGCUGGGUACAAGUGCUGGUGCAGACACUGGAGUAGACUGCUUGUAUCAGAGUGCCAAAAUUGGAUAUUUCACAUGCAGGCCGAUAUAAUUCUGUAAUUUUUUUGGCUGAUCUCGGACCAAUAUCUGAUAUCGACAUCGCAUUGGAGCACCCCUAAUAAAUAUCCAAUGUCUAAAUCAUUUUCUGAAGAAUAGCUAAGAUAAUAGCUGAUGUAUUGUUUAACACUUUCAACAGUGUCCUAUCAUUUUCAAUCUAGAUGAUAGAAUCAUCUUAUUUAGGUGUACGUACCUGAAAAUACUGUAAGGUUAGUUAGUUUUUAUUUUUUUUAAAUUGCCAAACCUGUUUUUCAUUGACAACCAUGUCUUUUAAGAGACAUGCAUGAGCCAACUCUGGUACUUUAUUGUAGACAUACUGUAUGCUCUUCAUACGUACUGUUUGUGCUUUCAUACAUUCAUUUAUUCAUGGCGGUUCACCACAAAUAGAUUUGCCCUCGCUCAUAAACACAUUAGCAUCCCGACUAGGUCCGUCACGAUAAUCGAUAAAUCGAGUAAUUGAUCGAUUUAAAAUUUUUUAAAAAAACCCUAAAGUCGAUAAUUAUGGCGGCAUCGAUAAAUUGCGAUCACAAACAGCGUCGCUCACUACCUUGCGAAAGAAAUGCAACCAUUCAAUACAGUUAAAUGGCAUAAAUGUUAUGCCACACAAUGAAUGAAAAAAUGGCCUCAAAAAAAUGUUGUCGAUAAUAUCGAUUGACAAUCAUUUGUAGCACAAUUAUCGACCAGCAAAAUUUGUUAUCAUGACGGGUCUAAUCCGGACAGAGUAUGACGCUGUUUUAGCCGGCCCUGACAAGCCAGCAGCAGUGAUCGGUUCCAAAAAGAAGCAACAGGAGAAAAUUAAUUUGUAUUUGUGAAAAUUUGUUUUGCUUUUCGUGUUUUUCCGCUCACGUCUUAUGCAACUCAGUAGGGGUGUCACGAGACGAGACGGAUUUUAACAUUGAGUUUGACAAAACGAUGCAGGUGCUUUUGAAAGGAUUAUUGUCCCCACAAAUGCUAAACGAUGUUUUUGUCAGCAUUUUUGAGACCAAAUAAGCCACUGAUGUUAUGAUAAUAUGUCAUAAUAAUGCAAUAUUUCCUUUGGAUUUGUCAUCUUUCACUCUGUAAAGCUGUGCAAUUGGCGUUUGUGACAUAUUUUCUCACAGGCAAUUCAAACAUUUGGAGCAUUUCUUGAAAUGCUGCCUUUUCAUCUGUUUAAAGAGCAGCUUUUUAUUUCGCCAUGUAUUAAACUAGACUUUCUCUGAAGGCACACCAUUUUGCGCUGUUCCGUUUGUAUUUACAACGUCGCAGUGAGCGUUGACUGUCGGUGUGUACUCCCCCCGACGGGAAAACUGGGUUGGGGGGUUAUGUUUGACACGGGCAAGUUCGUUUUGUUGCCUUGUAUGUUGCCACCAUUGCUCCUCUUGAGGGUCCACUCUUUUUGCUGUGUGCAUAUAGACACAGAGGCUGUAUGACUGAUAAGAGGUCUCACUCGGUUCAAGCCGUUGUUCUAUGAAGCGUCUAGGUGGUGAAACCAAUGCACAGAGUGAACCCUGGUCCUGCCUGUUCGGAGACGGGAGGUGAGGAAAACAGACACACAUGCACAUGGCGAUAUAUGCAGGCGAGCAAAAUUAUCCACUUCAUUUUCAUUUGUGAUUCAUUUAUUUAUUUAUUAUCACGAGACAGUUUUGUUUACAUCUAGAUCCCGUGACACACCUACAAAUUAGACCAUGACUUUGUUUAUACAGACGCUGUUUCAUGUCAUGUCUUUGCCUUUUGUGCAACAUCCCUGUGGAACGGUGCAUGAUACAACCACUAGGUGGCGUACAUUUCUACAUUUGACUUUGCCAAGCACAUAUGUAAUGAAGUUUUCUUUUUAUUUUACUGUUCAUGUGAUGGAAAAGGGAACGCAGGCCUUGGAGUGUGUAAGGUUUUCUGACUCAACGUUGCACCGUCAGUGCCACGGACUCAUGUGAACAUGCUUUUCUUUUGAAAAGUCUCAACAUACUUCAUAUGUUUGUGCCUAGAAUCCUCAUCACCACUCGAGUCAGUGAUACACAGCUGUUCAAGUGCGUGCCUUAUUCAGUGGGUGUGCAGGUUAAUCCGCGCUGCCUUCACAUGAAAAUGUCUUUGUGUUGGACAUUACAAGAAAAACAAACACUACUUGUGUUUAUACUGUAUGUCAUACUACUGAUCACAUGUCAUAGUAACAUUAUGUCUUAAAACUACCGACAUUUCCAAGUUUAUUCCAGUAUUUCAUGGUGUGUGUGUGCGUGUGUGUGUGUGUGUGCGUGUGUGUGUGUGUGAACUAAUAAAUCCAGUAAGUGUCAUGAAUUUGGUCUGUGUACACCUCUUUUUGAAGCCAUUAAGGUCCAUUUUCCUUCAGAACGUCCGCAUCAUGACAUGUCUGCUUACAGAAUGAAGAACCUAAGGCAGGGGUGUCCAAAGUGCGGCCCCGGGGCCAUUUACGGCACGCAACUGCUUUUUUAUUGGUGUGUGUAUAUAUAUAUAUAUAUAUACUGUAUAUAUAUAUACAUUAUAUAAAAUAUUUUCUUUGGGUUGGUUUAAAAAAAAUGUAAAAGCGGCCCCCGCAUCUUUUGAUUUUUCAGUAUGCGACCCUCAGUGGAAAUAGUUUGGACACCCCUGAUGUAAGGCGAUAUUUUGACGGGUUAACGUUGAAUGAAUAUCAUUAUUACAGGGUUUUUUUUGUUGUUUACGCACUGAAAUUAUUAUUUUUUUUUCAAGAAAGAAAACACCUGUCCUGUUUGCACAACCAUAAGCAUGGACUCCGCUUCACACUUUUUGUAAAACAGCACAAAUGGUGAUUUCCAAAACUCUCCACGCAUUUGCACACCGUCGACACAGAUAAGGACUGUGAGGUUGCCUCCUUCUUAUUAGAAAGCCCAGACUUGCCAGUGACCACACUAAUAAACUGGUGCUAGGAAGGCACCUUAAGAGCCAACACUGCAAAAUGUCAAUUCUUUCCAUUUUUCACCUGGUCUUACCAUUUUCUUAACGAGUGUACAUAAUAAAGUACAAUCUGGCAACCUCCGGUCUUGGGAUACCCUAAGACCGCACCUGGUGGGACCUUUCCAUUGUGCGGAGUCCGGGUGGGAAGAUGUGGGAGACGAGAUGGUACGCAUGCAACAAGUCUCCCCUCUAAGUCUACUAGAAAGGCAGAAGGCAGUACACGUGGUUCCAGUGACGUCGCAGGAGUUGCCAGAACGAUGCUGCAUGAGGCAAAGAACUGCCUUUUGGGACUCGGGGCUCCAUGCUAUUUGCCCAUAGCAGGGGCCCAAGCACCUACCACUCCGGGCCUGGGUGGACCUGGGAGAACUGAGAACUAAGGGGAAACUCCACAUACCCCAAAACUCCAGAACUCCCAAACUGGAGCCUUCCCAGCAGUUGCAGUUUGU